AUGGAUGUUGGGAGUUGGGUUCCGACCGCAGGAGAUGGGACCGCGAAUUUCACCCCGGCCAACCUCCUGCUGGAUUCCCAUAAUGGGUCCGGUCCGACACCGUGGGAUAACGGUCUGUCCAACAACGGCCAGCAGCGCAACAUCACAGAUCAAGCCUACCGGGACUUCACCACUACCAUCCAGGUGCUCAUCCUCAUAGGAUCCCUGUUGGGCAAUGGCACAGUUUUAUGGUGUACCUGCUGUACCAGUGUCUUCAAGUCGGUGACCAGUUGCUUCAUUAAGAACCUGGCGUGCUCAGGGAUCUGUGCGGGUCUAGUGUGUGUUCCUUUCGACGUGGCUCUAGGGGCCAGCCCUCGCUGCUGCUGGUGGCUACACACUCUGCUGCUCUGCAAGGCCCUGAAGUUCCUCCACAAACUCUUCUGCUCCGUCACCGUGCUCAGCUUCGCUGCUAUCGCACUCGACAGGUACUACUCUGUCCUCUACCCUCUGGAGAGGAAGAUCUCAGACGCCAGGUCACGUGACCUUGUCAUCUACAUCUGGAUUCACGCCACCAUCGCCAGCGUGCCUGUGUUCGCCGUAACCAACGUUACGGACGUGUACGCAACCUCGUCAUGUUCCGACGCCCGCGCCCGCUCCCUGGGUCACAUGGUCUACGUGGUGACCUACAACGUAACCACGGUGAUCCUUCCGCUCGUUGUCGUCUUCCUGUUAAUGGUCCUGAUUCGCCGAGCCCUCAGCGCCAGCCAGAAGAAGAAAGUGAUCAUCGCGGCGUUGAGAACACCUCAGAACUCCAUCUCCAUCCCUUAUGUCUCUCAACGCGAGGCUGAGCUACAUGCUACGUUACUGGCUGUGGUGUUAGCCUUCUCAGCCUGUAGCGCCCCCUAUGGGGCGUUGGUGGUAUACCGCACUCUUCUCGGGGACGGGGAGGACUUGUCCCCUUCUCUCCAUCUCACGGCCAUCUGGCUGCCCAAGGUGUCUCUCCUUACCAACCCUCUGCUGUUUCUGACGGUGAACGGCUCAGCUAGGCGCUGCCUGUUUGAUGUUCUAGUCCGGGUACACAGACGCUACAGCCGGCGUAACGUGGUCAGCACUGGGGAUCUGGGGCUGAGGGGCGAGGGAGGGUUGGGAGGGUCUGGGGCCCUGGAGGGGUCUGCUCGGGCUGGGAGCCAGCUCCUGGAGAUGUUUAAUAUCGGACAGCAGCAGAUCUUUAGGCCGACCGAUGAAGAGGAGGAGGAGGAGGUGGAGAAUGAGAGCCCUUCAUUAGGGUCUGGGGUGGGGGGCUGUUCUCAUCCCAAAGAGAACCACCACCAGGCAGGGGGAGGAGGGAGACAUGGAGGGAAGGUGGUUCGACAGAAGGAGACCGAACCAACCAGAGACAGCGUCCCGGUAACUAAAGAACAACCUCCUCUCAUAUUUCCAGAGGUCUCACCUGUCCGUGCCUGUGCUUACACCUCCUCGUCACAGGUGGCGCCAGCAACCCCCACGGAUCCCGAGGACGCCACCCAGUUUGGGUUUGGGCCGUUCGAGCUGCCGCCCCAGUGGCUGCCGGAGACCAGGAACAGUAAAAAGAGGCUCCUCCCACCGCUAGGGAACACCCCCGAGGAACUGAUCCAGACCAAACAGCCACGCCCACGGCCAGAACGACGAAUCAGCAGGAACAACAAGGUCAGCACCUUCCCCACAUCGACCCCUGAACUAUAAACCCUGAACAUUGACCUUUGAAGUGAUGACCCCUGAUCACAGUUAUGGGCGGAGGUCAGCAUGUGGAUGAUUUGUGAUCGGUUUUGUGUCAAUGACUGGGUACAAAGUCAGUGGAGGAAGCCC